AGAGGCGGGCUCUGCCUGUGUGGCGUCGGGAGUUUUCUCCCGCUUCACGGCGUCAUCCUUCCGUCAGCGAGCCCUCAGGCUUUUUCCCCUGAGGCCCUCUCCUUCCCCUCGAGAGAACGCGGCGAGUCAGGCCACGCGCGCGGGGCGCCAUGAAGGCCCGCCGCUUGACGAGCGCGGCCGCUGCGGCGGCGGAAGCGCAGGCCGGUUGAGGAGGGCCCGGCGCUGGGCCGAGGCAUGUGGAGCGCCGGCGGCAGCCUGCUCCAGUCGCUGCCCCGGCUUCUGCAGUACACCGCCGCCCUCCCGGGCCACGCCGAGCCGCCGCCGCCGGCCGGCUGGGCCCUGCCGCGGGCGGCAGGUGGGGACGGCCCGGCUGAGCGCCUGCCCCCGCGCGGGGGCGGGGCGAGCGCGGCGGCGGCGGCGGCGGCUGCGGCCCCGGGGGCCCUGCUCAGCGCCUGUCUGGAGCGCCACGCUCCGCUCGACGCCUCAGAUCUGCCGGGGCCGGGCGGGGCGUUAGCGGGCGGCCCGGGGGGCGGCGGCGUGGUGGUCGGCGUGGCCGAGGUGAGAAGCUGGCGCUGCUGCUGCCUCGGCAGCACCUGUUGGUGCCGGAGCCUGGUGCUGGUCUGCGUGCUGGCCGCCGUGUGCUUCGCUUCCCUGGCCCUGGUCCGCCGCUACCUGCAGCACCUCCUGCUCUGGGCCGAGAGCCUCGACUCGCUGCUGGGGGUCCUGCUCUUCGUCGUGGGCUUCAUCGUGGUCUCGUUCCCCUGCGGCUGGGGCUACAUCGUGCUCAACGUGGCGGCCGGCUACCUGUACGGCUUCGUGCUGGGCAUGGGGCUGAUGGUGGUGGGCGUCCUCAUUGGCACCUUCAUCGCCCACGUGGUCUGCAAACGGCUGCUCACCGCCUGGGUGGCCGCCAGGAUCCAGAGCAGCGAGAAGCUCAGCGCCGUCAUCCGCGUCGUGGAGGGGGGCAGCGGCCUCAAAGUGGUGGCGCUGGCCAGGCUCACCCCCAUACCUUUCGGGCUGCAGAACGCAGUGUUCUCGAUUACUGAUCUUUCCUUACCCAACUAUCUGGUGGCAUCUUCAGUUGGACUGCUUCCUACCCAGCUCCUGAAUUCUUACCUGGGUACCACCCUGAGGACCAUGGAAGAUGUCAUUGCAGAGCAGAGCAUUAGUGGAUAUUUUGUUUUUUGUUUACAGAUUAUUAUAAGUAUAGGCCUCAUGUUUUAUGUAGUUCAUCGAGCCCAAGUGGAAUUGAAUGCCGCUAUCGUAGCUUGCGAAAUGGAACUGAAAAGCUCUCUGGUCAAAGGCAGUCAACCGAAUAUCAGCGGCUCUCCUUUCUACAAGAGGACCCUGACAUUUUCUGGAGAUGGAGUCAAUAUUGUAUGAUUCUAAUGAAAUGUGUGAUUGUCAAGAGCCUGUCUGAGAUCUGGCAGUUAGUUCCCUUACUCGUGGGCAGAGAUGCAAGUUUUAAUUGUAUUAUGGCACACACACACACAAACAGACACGCACACACACAAAUGACUAGUUUUUAAAUUGCACAUUUUUUAAAAACAGGAAUCAUUUUCUGGAUAUGUAAGUGUAAAUGUAGAUGCAAUUUCGGCUGCAGUUCUUUAUCAUUUAUUAUGCCCUUAGUGGCCUAUAAGUCUGCACUUUAGGUUUUGGUUUUUUUUUUUUUCUUCGUUAUUUUCUUUAUGAGUACUUAUGAACAGAAAAAUAAUCCAAAUAUUUUUCUGCUUAGUGUCUUUAUUUAUAAAGACUAUGAAUAGCUGUAUGUGUCUUUCCUGCUUAUAAAGAUGAGUAAAAGUAUGCAAUUUUAAUGUAUAUUAUUGGAUGCUCUUUGCUUUUGUAGUGUUCCCAGAAAGGAUAGAUGAUGUCUUGUUUUGUUUUUUUUAAUGUUUUAGUUGGAACCACUUUGCUUUCCUUUUCCUUACUAGUUAGAAAAUAGACAUGAACUUUUGUUUAAAUGUAUUUUUGCAAGGAUCAAAUUGUUACACCUAUACACACAAAUUUAAAUCCUACAUUGUGGGACUGAAGUGCUCUUAAGAUACCUUUUUUAUUUUUGCUGUGUAAUAUGCAAAGCAAAAGGGAAAUUAUUUAAUGCGUAGUGACUCAAAUUAGAACUUGUGUUCUAAUUUCACGUCAUUGGUUUUAGCCUCCUUAGGUCUUCCAUCAAAGGGCUGUCCUAUUACAGUCUUACUGAAAAUUUUAUUAAAAUAAACUUCUUUUCUUUUUGUAUUCAUUAUUAGGCUUUGAAAUAAAGAUGUUAUUCCUUUAAAGUGGUGGGCUUGCAAUCACUGAAGAUGUCACUCUGGUGGCCUUGUUUGAUCAAAAUGCCUAUCUAAAAAAUUAAGCUUUACAAUCAGGUUUAUAAUUCUGUUGAAGUACACAUAUAUUUGUCCCCAUAGUCUUCAGCUUUAAAACUGUAAGUAAUGUUAACUUGAUGCCCAAAUUUGUAUUAUAUAUUUGCCCUACUAUAGAGUAGGCUUAUUUUGUUUGGUUUUUGCUACUUGUUUUCCUCUGAUAAGACUCAGGAAUUCUGAAAUGUGAAAUUAAGUCUCAGUUCUUUUUCCUGUAGAAUGAAUUGAGUGUAUUUAUUAAUAGUACUUAUGUGUACAGAAUAUAAUAAUUUGGUAUACGAUUCAUAUGACAUUCAUUUAUCACCUUAUAUUUUUAAAGUAGCUUAGUUGUGAUCUUAAUAGUUUAUUUUACAGUGGAGAUUAUUGAUAUGAAUGCAGAUUUUCUGGUAGGUAUCUGUUUUUUAGCUAUGAAGGUGCCACUUUAUCAGAGACCUCCCAUUUGCCUUUUCAUUAGGGUAAAUUCUUUGCCCAGAUUUACUAAAGUGCAAAAGAAUUAUUUAGAAGCAGUUAUUUUAAUUUUAUGCUAAGGAUGCAUUUAAUCAUUUUAGUAUAUAAAUUUUUGCCCUGUCGCAGGUAUAAUUAUUUCCCUUUCCUUCAUAAUGUAUAAGUUUUCUCACCUUAGAAUAACAGUGAAGUUUGUUUUUAUGUCUAUACUAGGUUCUUCUUGGUAUAUUCCAGAUGAUUUUGUAGGGACCUGGGUCUAUAGCAGUCAACUGACCUACAAAUCUUUCCUUCUUUUAUUGAUAGAAAAAUACCAUUGAAAUGUUAUUAUUCUUUUUUAAAUCCUAAUUACUUGUUUAGUUUCUUUAAUAAUUAUCCUAAUAAACAAUGAUUUGAUUUAUUCUUGUCUAACUUGAAAAUAUUUAUCUUGUGCUUUCUGUUUGUUUAGCUUUUUUAUAAAGAAAUUAAUAAUUUAAGAUCACUACUUUCAUACACUUGUAUUACACUCCAUGUAUUUUGAAGUGCAUUUACUUACUUUGGCAUUUUGUAACUUGAAUAAUUUUGCCAAAUGAAAAACUUUUGGUAGUUUGUCAUGAGUUCCAACUGUUGCAUUUUGCUUAGUACUUAAAUAUGUAAAGGUAAAAGAGACGUAAUUUUUCUAUAUUCUGCCAACAUGAUUUUAUAUAAUAAAAUCAUCCAUUUUUACUUAAAAUAGUAUGGAUUUACUAUUUUUAAAACAUUAAUCUAAAACUGCAGUUUUCCUUUUGUUCAUCAUUUCCAGCCUCCACAUAAACUGCUAUCCAUUAUAGUCAUGCUAUUUGACAGCUGCAUUUGGUUGCUGGUUUUUUAUUAAUAUAUGUGCUGUCUAUAAAUUUUACAAAACAUGCUGUAUUGUACAAAAAGUGUACAAUGUUCUAUUCAUUCCAUUUUAACUCCACAUGCCAGAUUUCUGGCAGCAACAAAUUGCUAUGGGAUCCUUUUUAUGUUGCCCUAAUAUCACCUCCAGUCAUAGAGUAUAUAUUAAUAUAUAUAUUAUAUGUUGGAUUUCUUAAAUAUAUAUAUUUACAUAUAUAUAUAAAUAAUAUAUAUAUUGGAUUUUUUUAUUUCUCAAAUCAUUUAAGUACAGUUAAAGUUGCUUUAUGCAUAUUUUUAAAAGCAUGCAAUACAGUUAUUUCAAACCUUUUGAAAGAUAUGUGCUGUUUUUAAUUCUUUGGACAAUUUUUUUAGUUUUCCACAUUUUAUGAUUUAUUAUUAAUGAUUUUGUUUACUCUUUGCCAAGUUUUGUCUCAUGAAUUAUUUUUAAACAGCAACACACCCCCUUUUAAAAACAUGUAUGUAAUAAUUUACUAAAUGUUUUCAUGGCCAUUUUCAUUUGAUCAUGUGAUUUGUGAAAUACAUUGAAAUCUGUACUUUGGUUUGUGAAAAUAAUAGAACCAAAUCUCUGUCAUUAGAAUGUAUAUUUUGAGUUUAUGUUCAGAAGUGAGUUUGUGGAUUUGUUCAGAGCCAGCCAUACUCUCCUUGUAUGUACUUUGUAACCAGUUGCAAACCUUUCUAAGAAGACUUUCCCAUGGUAGGAUCAAGCAUAUGACUAUAAAGCAUUUCCUUCCUUGAGAAGCUAUAUAAUUCAGUAUCUACUCUUAUUUACCAUUGCUGUAACUGAGCUGAGUGGUGGAGGCUAUUAGUGUAUACCAGUAUGCAUAUGUUAACGUGCAAUACUGAUUGGAACUAUUCUUAGGAAAGGUGAUAUGGCUUAUAUACAUCUACAUUAGUAGAUCUGUCUUUAGAAUGCUGAAAGUUGCUAAGUAUAUGUUAGGUUGAUACAGGUAAAUUCUGAGGUACAUGGUAAAUCCUUGCUGUUCAAAACCAGUCACCCUGUGCAGAGAAAAUGAGAGGUUUAAUGAGGACCUCAGGAAUAAUGAUACUAAGUUGAUGACUUCAGGGAUGGAAUUUUGUUUCAAACACAAGCCACUUAGUGUACCAGAAUGGUGGUCAGAAUAACGCUAGUUGGUUUUUAAAUUUUACAUUGCUGAUUCUGUUAAUAAUAAACUGCUUAGGAUAUACUUUUUUAAUGGUCAUGUCUUUAACCUGAAAAACUUAAAAGAAGUGGAAUACUUGCUCCACAGGAUAUUUAAAACUAAGGAAUUCCAGUAACCUCUCAUAUGUUGAACAUAAACUGUUAACUGAUUCAGCAACUGAAUUAUAACUUGGUACUUCUGAAUGGCAAAGUGAUCACUGCAAACUAUUUUCUAAGGUAGCUGAAGGUUUAAAAUAGGUAAUUCUAAAGGUAAAUCAGUAAAAUCUCUUGAUAGUUGGUAUCCUAAAUCACAUGUGUGCCUGAGAAAAUAAAAGGUUAUGUUUUA